GGUCGCCAGAUGUCGCGGGUCGUUUCAAAAAUAUCGCCUUCUGCAUGUAUCUGAUGGAGGGAGGGUUUCCUUUUUUCUUGUGCUUUUCUCGGUGGUUAUUUCUGGUGAGUGUUCUCCAGUCGUUUUCCGAGAGCAGAUACAGGAACCAGAUUGAUAGCCAGUGCAAAGAAGCGAGCGACCACUGAAAGAAAAGAACGAAAGCCAGAAGACAGGACACAACGGAGCGCGCAGAAACGCAAGAAGAUGACUCCGUGGCUAGGACCUUUGUGUGUGUUCUCCUUGCUGGUGAUCGGCUCGUCUGCCGCUCCUCCGAACCAGAAAGUUACGAAUGAGGACAUCAGGGAUGCAAUUCUAUCGGUGGUGCACAUGUUGCGUGCAGUUGAAGAUAAGCUGGAGAGACACGAAUUUCGUGAUAGGAUGUCCGACGAUACCCUUCGCAAAAGCAUUCUUCUGUUGGAUAAGCGAGUGAAGCAAUUGGAUCCGGUCAAGGGGGUGGUUAGCAGACUGGACGAGCGGUUGGCCAACGUUGAAACCAUCCUGAUGCAACGUGAUGAACGCGAAAAAGCGCAGCUUCAGAAAACGUUUGCAGCUGUAGAAGAUAUUCAGAAGAACUUACCCACAGUUAUGGAAAAGCUGAAGAGCGACAUCAUCGAAAAGCUUCCCGUUGUUCCGGAUUUUACCUUACCGGAUAUUACCGUAUUACCAGAUAAAAACGAUCUGAAGGCGGCGCAGAAAGCCAUCGUAGAUAAAGUGGAGGGUGUGGUCGAGGCGCACCAAAAGCUCGGAAAGGAAUUCGAGAAAAUAAAGAAAGACAGUGAAGGCUUCAUGAACGAGAGCCGCAAAUCUGCCGAGAAUUUCGAUAGAGUCAAGAAGCAGCUGGGCAGCAGCGAGAUGCUUUUGCAAAAAUACGAACAUACUUUAUCUGAACUUAAUGACAAGAUUCCCACCGAUAUAGUACAGCUGGAGGAUCAGAAGGACUGGCAGGCCAAUUUCAUGCAAGCUUUCAAUAAUCAGAGCGAUAAUGUAAAGUUAAUACUAUCGGACGUUAAGAUGCUGGUCGGUCAAGUGGAGCUGUUGCCCCAGAAAGGGGACCUGGAAGAUGUCAAGAACUCCACUCAGAGCGGUCUGGAUGAGUUGAAGUACCAAGCAAGUAGCGUCGCAGAUAAAUCGGAAAGUACACUCGACGCCAAAUUGAAGGAAUUAAAAACGGGAAUCGACAAGGACAAUGAAAUUGUGAUCAAAAACAUUAACGAUCUCUCCGAGAUGACCGGGUCAUUAAUGGGGACAAUUAGCGCAAGUUACGAUCAAUUGAAGAACGAGAUUGCGGCACUCUCUAAAGUAGAGCAGGUAAUGGUACAAACGGCCGACGGUGUCCUGGAUACUAAAAGGCGCGUUGACUACGGCGUCCAGCAGAUCCUCCUUGAGGUCACAAAUUUAAUUAAAGAAAGUGGUGACAAAAUCAACGCCACCAUCAUCGAUAGAUUCGAUACUUUCGAGCAAACCGUGCUAGACGAAGAGAACGGCGCACUUGCGAAUCUCACGUAUAAAAUAGGGCAAGACAUUGACCAGGUUUGGAGGCAAAUUGGUAUUAUGCAUCAACAAAUGAGCUCCAGUUCGGACACCUUGAACAAGCUCCAGAACCAAACGGACAUCUAUGUAACCGGAUCCCUCGACGCCAUGGACAGUAUGAAGAGCAAGGUCGGCCAGAUCACAAACCGCAUGAAUGAAGUCGAUGAUAAUCUCAAUCAUUUGAUGGGACGACUGUCGCUUGUUAGUCAGGAGUUCAACAGAAUUAAGGAUGGACUUAGCGGUGCAAUGGACCAAAUCCGAAAGAGUUUCGCUGCAGUCCAGGACGAGAUCAAAGAUAUUGGACCUGGACCACACCAAAUCGCGGAUAGUGUCGAAGCCAAUUAAAAAUUGUAAUUUCUUUUUUUUUAUACUACUCUUUUUAUAACACACAACCA